AUGGAUCGAAGCGAUUCCAUCAUCACGUUGACUUCCGAAAGCGAAUCACCGAAAUAUAGUAAGGUGAACUACUCAACAAAGAGUCGUUUGAACACAAGCAAAGAUGCUUUCAAAAAGUGCAGCCGUUACUUGACCCGACUGUUUCGGGUAAACCAAAUGGACUUUGAAUUUGCUUUCUGGCAAAUGGUCUACCUCUUUUUGAACCCCAAAAAAGUAUAUCGCAACUUUCAGUAUAGAAAACAAACCAAGAAUCAAUUUGCUCGAGAUGACCCGGCCUUUUUGGUGCUUCUCUCAGUGUGGCUUCUCGUCUCUGCAACUGGAUUGUCACUUGUGUUGCACCUCCAUUUGCUUGGAUUUUUCAAGUUCCUCCUGUGGAUCGUCUUUAUAGACUGCAUAUUUGUGGGCAUCAUUGUCGCCAGUUUAUUUUGGCUCAUCACCAAUCACUACAUGAAGAGGUCCGCCUCAGUCAAUGAAGAUGUCGAGUGGGGCUUUGCUUUCGACAUUCAUUUGAACGCCUUCUUCCCACCUCUUUUGAUCUUGCACGUGUUUCAGUUAUUCUUCUACAACGUAUUCAUUAGUCACGACAUGUUUCUUGCUCGAUUCUUCGGCAAUACACUGUGGCUGAUUGCCGUUGGCUACUACUGCUACAUCACCUUUUUGGGCUACAGUACACUGGCCAUGCUAAGGCACACCCAAGUGAUUCUCUACCCUAUGGUGCCUUUGUUCCUCUUUUACUUUAUUUCUACUUUGUCUGGCCACAAUAUUUGCAGAGCAAUAAUGGAGUUUUAUCAUUAUCGAGUUUAUUAA